CUAAAUGUCAACCAGGCAGGACAGCCGAGUUCAUUUACCCCCAGAUUAGUGAAAGCAAACCAUUUCUACACAGGCACUGUCCGGGGACUGAGAAGCCAACAUGACCAGCGGCCUCUAUGUUGUUGCUCUUUUUUCUCUACUCCAUGUCUCGCUGAGUGUGGAAAUGACAGGGUUAUACGGCAGCUUCACCUCUCCCAACUUCCCCCAGCCUUACCCUGACAACCAGCACGUAGUGUGGAACAUCACUGUCCCAGAUGGCCACAGGGUCAAACUCUACUUUACCCACUUCAGCAUGGAACUCUCAGACCAGUGUGAAUAUGACUACAUCCAGGUUUUGGCAGAGGGGAAUGAAACCUUGCGGUUCUGCGGAGAGGAAGAGAAGAACCAUGAAAGCACCCCGAGGAAUACAAUCAUCCUGUCAGCCCGAAACCUCAUGUCAGUGGUCUUUAGGAGUGACUACUCUAACGAGGGACGAUUCACCGGCUUCCAAGCAUUUUACACCUCAGAAGACAUCAAUGAGUGCCUGUCCAAGGUAGAAGGGGAGAGAGUGUGCGAUCAUUUUUGCCACAAUUACAUCGGUGGCUAUUACUGCACGUGCAGACAAGGAUACCUUCUCCAUGACAACAGAAGAUCCUGCACAGUGCCGUGCCAGAGCCAGGUGCUGACGUCUCCUUCGGGGGUUCUGACUAGUCCGGGUUAUCCGAACCCCUACCCACCUAUGAGCCGGUGCAACCACACCAUCCGUCUGCCAGAGGGCUCCCGAAUAAUCCUGAACUUCCUGGAAACCUUUGACAUAGAAGGACAUCCACAAGCCCCCUGUCCGUAUGAUAUGUUGAAGAUUUCAACAGCUGGAAAAGAGUAUGGGCCCUUCUGUGGCCCAACGCCACCAGAUCGGAUUGACACGGGAAGUUAUGACGUGCAUGUUGAGUUCAGGUCCGACUCUAGUGGAAAAAACAAGGGAUGGAAGAUCAAGUACACCAGUACCGAGACAGAGACCCUUACUUUGACUUCAGACUGAUGGCACUACAGUUCAUGGAGUCUUAUUCUAAUUGUCCUUAUUUUGUGUAAGAUCUUGCUAUUCUUUGUUACAUAGACAAAUAAAAAGAGAUUAAAAUGA